UGGUCUUCUCGCCCUCACCUUCUCGGUUCUUCUGAACCACCUUCUUAAGUGGCGAGUGGGCUUCGAAUCACGCAGAGGUUUAUUGCAUGGGAGUCAUCAGAUCGAUCCAUGAGGUGCUGAGCGCCAGAAGCUAGAAAUGGAGUGUGGGGACGUCAUGUGUUAAAACCAUGCAAUUUGCUUCAUCCUUCGAGUCUUCAGUGUUGAUCUUACCGGUUCUCAAGCCAAAACCUUAACCGCUGAGCUUGUACGCAGGUGGUGGGCGAUCUCGUAACAAGCCACUGCAGCAUUGAGCUUCGAUUCGAUGCCGAGGUCGAGAGCGUCGGAAUUGCCGCAGAGGCAGCCGCAGCGAGCGGCGCCUCUUCACCUGAAGACCAACUCUGAGGCCAACAGCCACCAACGCUCAGUCGACCGCCGUGCGAAGCCGGAAGAUCGCCGAUCCCCUCGUAGUCCCUUGCACGAGAAGAAGCGCGGCACUGGAGUCUCCGACGUGGAGACCAAGCUUGGCGAAGCGCAGGAGGAGCUCAAGAUGCUAAGGGACCGGCUGGCUUUGGCCGAAGCCGCGAAGCUCGAUGCUCAACGAGCUCUCGAGAUGGCCAAGAAGCAGAUACCCUCUGCUAUCCCAGUAGUGAAAGCAGAAGAAGCGGAGAAUCUUCUGCUUCAGCAGGACUCCGAAGAGACGUCAGAAGUCACGCAGGAGGCGAAGAUUGAAGAGGAGAGCGUCGAUUCCGCGCGCACUACUGAUGUCUUCGAAGUCGUAGCACCGACCGAGCCCACAAACGUAGAGAACGACGAUCACAGCAAGCCCGGAGAAGAAGCGACAGUAACCGAGAAAGAGGAGGAGGAUAAGGAGGAGGAGGAAGCUAAAACAGCAGUCGAGAACGAGAAAUACGGGAAAGAUCAAAUGGUAGACAAGAAAGAGGAACAACAGCGCGGCGGGGUAGAGCUUCCGAAUUUGCUCGACUUGGUUGAACUCGAGGACACGACAGAGGUGGGAAUUGUGCUGGAGGAGAACAUGUUCGCUAAGACGACAGCGGAGUCGCAGACCGUGAGAACUGCCGACGCAGCACGAGCCAAGGAAGAGGAGCUCGCAGAGAAGCUGAGAUCAACGGAGGAGGAGCUGAAACAGAGCAGGGAGAAAGAGGAGCUGCUGACGGAGCAGCUGCAAGCGGCAGUAGGGGCGAAGUCGAUGCUCGAGGAGGAAAUGAAGCGGCUGAGGGUGCAGACAGAGCAGUGGCGAAAGGCCGCCGAAACAGCUGCCGCGGCGCUGGCAGCCGGCGACGAUGUCGGGCACGAGGAAUGGGGUCCGGCGCUGAUGGACGGGGAUGCGAUGAGGGAGGAAGGGGCCGUGGGGAAGCGGAAGGGGGCGGGUGUUCGGGUCUUUGGUGACCUCUGGAAGAAGAAAGGUCAGCGCAAGUAGAGAUCGGAUCAGCCGUUCGGAUUGCCUUUUGAUGCCGCGCCGUGUCUGUUUGCUUUGGUUUGGUUUGGUGGAUGGUUGUAUCUGCGUCUCUUCCCACGCCGCUGUUAAACCACAGACAGUGUUGCAGAUUUGACGACAAUGGAUCGGAUAAUAUAUAAGAUUAUAUAAGAGAAUCAAAUGUUUUCCCAGAAGAACAUAAUUUGAAGUUGGGAAUAUAUCAUUUUAUGUGAUGGGUAAUUAUAUCUACUGUCGAAUGCAUCAUUCGAUAGCAAGCUUCUCCUUCCUCGAGUGAAGUCAUGUUGAGGUUGAGCAGCCGAUGACAGAGGGACGAUGGCAGACGUAGGUCAAGUCACUGCGCCUCCAGUGGCAGGUUCACAUGGGCCUCACACACAGCUCACACUACAAGGUCGGCGACGAAGGAUGACAACUCGCGUCUUCUUUCUCAGCACCGCUCGUGUGCCGUGCCACCGCAAGCCAUUGAUUCCAUGCGCCAGAAACUGGAUGCCUGUGAUGUCGUGCUGUGGCCAACGGUCUCAAGGAGGUCCUCCGAGUGCUCACUGCAUUGCUCAAUCACCAAUUUCCAAGCUCUGCGACUCACUGCAUGUCUCUGACUGCUCUUAGCAGCUGGCAACUUUCUUCCCAGCUGUUUGCUGAAGGAGUUGUUCUUCUGUUCCACAUCCUUAAGCAAAUGAACAACAUCUAGAGCA